AUGGAUGAGGCCAGCUCAUAUGACUCUACCCAACCCCCAAGCCAUCCAUGGGAGCCCAUGUGCGACCACAACACUGGAGGUGUGGACAACCCCACGGAGCCAGAUCAAGUGACCUCACCCAAUAUAGAGGCAGAGCCUACAGGAGUUCAAAUCAGUGAGGACAUCCCCAAGGAGCCCGUAGUAAACCAGGCUCAGAGGAGACGUGGACGUGAGCCAGCCAAGUGCACUGAAUUUGAAAAAUUACGGAAGCAUGGAAAGGUGCUGUGGAAGAUAAAUAAUGGAGAAGCGACACCAUGCUGUUCAAACGCCAACAUGUUUACAACACGAUUAACAUGGAUAGUCAAACAUCAAUGUGACAUGAGUUAUCCAAGAUGGAGUGAUGUACCCCAAGCACAUAAGGAUGAGUUAAUCGAUCGUGUUCGGGGGGAUUUUGAACUUGAUUGGGAAUUGGAAAACCAUCGAUUGACAGUAAUGAAACAGCUUCGGAAGAGAUUUAAUGCAUUCCGCCAUGAAUUGCAUAGGAUAUAUUUAUCAUAUGCCAGCCACGACGAAGCAUUGGCUAACGGCACUGUUUUGGUCAGCCCCCUUGUUUGGGUUAAGCUAUGUGGUAGAUGGGGUAGCGAGGCCUUCAAGAAAAUAUCUACUAAAAAUCGGGAGAGUCAGAAGAAGCUGGUUAUUAACCACACAGCAGAAGGAUAUGGUUGGAAAGCUGGAUACUCUAUAACCAGAGCAACGAACUGACGAAAUGGCAGCGGGUGUAUUCAGAGAAGUACUUGGUCAUAGACCAGGUUAUUCAAGAGGAUUGGGAGAGAUGGUAAUUCCAGAGUCUACGAGACAACGCACAUUGGCACGAGAGAAAGAGUACCUAGCUUUGACUAAGAAACAUAAGAAAGAUGUUGAAUCUUCCAAGAGUGAGAUGGAGGCAAUGAAGGCAAACAUGCAGUUUCUGUUGGAGAAACAAGUGGAAACCGACCGCCUAGUGAGGGCUUUUUUCGCUGCUAACCCGUCCCUCAAUGAGUUUCAACGAGAGACUCACUGAGGGGGACAAGAUGAGAAGAUAAGGGAAGGUUUUUUGUGACUUUUUGGGUGCAUUUUUUGUUGUUCCGAUGGUGGAUUGACAAUAUAUAUCCAAUGGAAGGCUAUAUGUAUAUGUUUUGUGGGAGCAAGCUAGGGUGGCUUAGAUAAUUUUUGGGCCCUGUGAGAUAUCCUGAAAUAUAUAUAUAUGAUAGUUUGGGCAACCAACAUGAGAUGAUAUUAUGCUAUGUGGUAAUAUCAUACAAGUAAAUAUUAAGCCACCAUUAUCUUUAUACUUAUAACAUAUUUUCUUUGUUAUAAGUACGGAUCUUACUACUUAUUGAAGACUUUAAAAACUAAUGGUAAAUCUCUGUUGGACUUGACAACUUGUUGUACGGGAUAACUAAUACCAUGUAUGUACGUGGUAUGAACUCUGCGGGUCAUGUUAAGCCAGCAAUUAUACUUUCCUUGGCAUGCUUGGAUAUACAGAUUGAGAGUUGGGACUGUGUGAUGAGGCCCAAAAUAGAACCUGUGUCAUUUGCAGAAAUUCAAAAGAGGAUAAUAUUUACAGGACUCUAAAGCAACGGUUCAGAUGUUAAAGAAGCGGGUUAGUGGGUUUGGGCCAGUGCUGAUGAUUACCUCGAGUAAUUACACUGCUGGAUCUUUGUUUGCACAAUGCAAGUCAAAGGGAUAUACAUAUGGUCAGCUAAGAUUGAGGGUGCAACAAAGUUGUUUCAGUUCCAGCCACCAAUGUGUCAUCCAAAAUUAUCUCCACUUCCAUAGCAUCUAAACCAGUGGCAAUGUGUGUUUAUUGAGAGUGUGACUCUUGAAUAUAUCCAUAUGUAUGCUUGAUAGAUAAUAU